AACUUCUUCAAUAAUAUUUGAGCUUCUCGAGAAUGGGAAGUUAGAGCAGGAAUCUGCAAGAGGACUUCCUCUCUCUAGCAGUCUUUCUUCACCGCCUAUGUGAUUGUUUGUAUGGGACUCUAGUUCCCCUCUGAGUGAUCAUGUCUAUAUACACAUACAAGGCUGUUUAAUCAGGGGACACAAAAUGGGAUACAGCUUCAUGAGCUAUUCUGCAGGGACAUAGGAAGAUCAGGAAUAGAUUGGUUGAUUGAAUAACUUGUUCAAUUAAUUGGUUCUCCUUCUUCUUUAUGGAUCCAGACCAGAGAAAGUUUUCUUCCUACUCUGGUGAAUAUGGUGGUAAUGGUGGAGACUAUUUUGAUCAGUCCAGCAACCAGUUUGAAGGCCCUAUAUCAGCGAUGAAAAUAAGGUCAAAUGACAGAGGUAUACUAAGCAUCCAGGUUUGCUAUGGUGACAUAUGGUCCAAUAAUGAAGGAACUACAGCAGGCCGCCCUUUGGACAUGCACCUGUCCUUUGGGGAGGGAUUGGUGCAGGUGAACGGCCGUUUCGGAAACACUGUGGAAUACCUGGCCUUCCGCACCAAUAUGGGCCAUGUCUUUGCCUUUGGGCCGAAUUCCGGUUUGGGAUUGCCAUUCACCGCAGAGCCCUCGUACCCCAACACAGUUCUGAGGUUCAUCAGUGGGAGAGAUCCUACAGGAACCUACAGAAAAGAUGGACGGUGUUCCCUGAAAGACAUUUGCUCAGCUCAUCCAGUAGAUGUCAUGGGAAGAAGGAAUAACCUUGAGGAACAGGGGGAAGAGGUGCAACCAGGGCAAUAGAUAAAAGAAACCUGAACCUGGGCAGAACUGUAACAUGAGAAAGCGUCUCAGACAAAAUCUCAUGAAGAUAUAGAGAGGGUGAGGGAAAGUGUAUUCAG